AUGCCGAACACAAACAUAUUUACAGCGCUUUGCAGAUAUGCAGGGCUUGGUGGAGAGGAGUGUUCAGAUGUAAGAACGGAAGAGAUCGAAAUGGCUGUUGCAGAGAUACUAAAGAGAGCAAGGAUCACUGAUCUUGAGGAGUAUGUCAGAAGCUACAAGUACAUGAGAAACGGCCUGAAUGCAUGGCAGGAGAGAUUGCUGUUCAGAAGCAGAAGAUGCUUGUUAUCUGAGAGUGUGUUCAGGUGCAGUAUGGGGCUGCUUGGGCAUUUUGGCCAAGUUGAUAGGGUCUGUUUUGACCAAGGAAAUAGGUUUUUUAUGUCUGGAGGAGCUGAUGGCAUGGUGAAGCUGUGGGAUGCGUUCAGCGGGCUUCUAGUGCACAGCUUCAUAGGGCACCAAAGUCUUGUGAAUGAUAUUUGUGUCAGUAUGGAUGGCAGAUUGUUGGUUUCAUGCGACUCGCUUGGAUUGCUGAAUGUGUGGAGCCUGGAAGGAUUCAAGCUGCUUUUUGAGCUGCGCCAUGAGAGUGAGAUCAUAUUUGCAGAGUUUUUUGAUUCAGGAUCGACAAGAGUGUGCAGAGAUGGGUGUGCAGAGAACGAGAGGCCUGCAUAUGGACUGGUUGUUGUUCUUGCAACAGGGAGCGUUAAGAUAUACAAGAUUGAUGAGGUGGGGGUUGUAGAUGAGCAUGAGAACAUGUGCCUGGUUGGCGAGGUAAUAAAGGGGAUUUGCUUUACUGAAGGGGGGCGGUUUCUUCUGUGCAAUGGCUGGUGGCCUUUUCUUGUUGUGUUUGACAUGCAGUUUCCUGAGGGAUGUGUGAUUCUUGAGACGAGUGGAAUGCCUGUAAAUACAAUAUGUGGGGCAAAGAAUGGAUUGAAGAUUGCGGCAGCAUGCGAGAGCCAGGUGUUCCAGUGGACAUUUUUUUGUGAAGGGAUGCCUGGGAUGGGCAACUUCAAGAGACGAGCAAAGGAUGUGUCGUUGGCAGGGCAUUGGAGGAAGUGUGUUGUGAGGGUCGAGAUGGGAGAAGGGGAAUCUGUUGAAAGGAUGUGCUACCUGAAGGACAAUUUUUUGGUUUGUGUGUGUACGGACAUGAAGAUCCGGGUUUUUGCAGGCACAGAGCUGAGAUGUGUGAUUGAGGCUCGCGAGAUGGGAGUGCCGUAUCCGCAUCCGUUAGAAAACACAUUUGUGAUCAGCGGAGGGCACUUGAGGAUGUAUGAUAUGGACAAGAUAGUGUAUGAAGAGCCGUUGAGCUUUGUAGUGAACGAUGCACAGUUUUCGAGUGAUGGAGAAUGCUUUGUGAUGGGUGAUGAGAGAGGGAUUGUGAAGGUGUUGACGGCGAGGCAUGUUGAGUCGCCGCCUCAAAUGCAGUUUUUCCGCAGCGACCUUGAUCACAUUAACUCAGGCUGGAGUGGGAAUAUUGAGUGUGAUGAUGAAGCAACAUAUGGGUUGGGUGGAGAAAGAAAUGUAGGAUGGAGGAAGAUUGAGUAUAGCAUGAGCAUGGGAAUGAACUGCUGUAUUGCAAUUGAGGAUCUGGGAGCAAAGCAUUUCCUGAAGGACCGUGUGGAGUUGGAUGCAUUCCGUAGAAGGUAUAUGAAUGUGCCGAUGCCUGGAGACAUGCAGGUAGUGAGCUUGCAAGCAUUGAGCUCUGCAGAAAGCAGCGACGAGGAAAGUGAGUGCAUGGAAGACUCAUCAAGUGUUGAUUCAGAGGACGAGAUGCUGCAGUCCAGUGACGAAGUGACCGAUGCAGUGGCUGAGAAUAGGAUUCCUCUGCGACGGUUUAUGGUUGAGAGCGAGUCGUCAUCUGAUGAAGAGGCAGUGCAUGCCAGGGCCAGACGAGCGGGAGGCAUGCCGGAGCAGGUAAGUGGGCUACAAGGAAGGCUGCGGAGGUUUAACAGGCCGGUGAUGAAUGAUGCAGGCAUGCAAGCCGAGGAGGAAGGGAUAGGAAUGCCACGAUUGAGAAGGCAUCAAAGGAAUGAAGCGAUAGCCAGGCCUAGGCCAAGCAGAGUGUAUGAUAGGGAGGGAGCAGGUACAGGCAGUGAAGGAGUGGAUGAGAAAGGAUUGAAGAAUGUGCAAGGAGUGUCUGGACUGACACAGUAUGUACAGUCGUGGCUUUCGUCUUUGAGUCUGAUUCCACAGCCUGGGGAUAUUGUUUAUGUUGAUUGUGAAGCAUUGCGACGGUUUGAAGAAUUUGAGGCUAGAAAGGCGUUUAGACAUGCAAGCAUGCAAACAGGAUAUUAUGCGGUUAGGGAAGUGAAUAUUGUUAGGAAUGAGCCGCCGUUUGUCAAGGCAGAGCUUGAAAGAGAAGGAUUGGUGAGUGUGAUAAAGUAUUACAGGUAUCCAAGAUGGCAACCUAUUAUACUGUUGAGGGAGCAGAUGGGGAUAGAAGACAUGGAUGUGCUGAGAUAUGUUGGAGAUGGGAUGGUAUAUAGUGGGCGAGUGACUGGAUUUAGAGGUGGAAUGGUGGUAGUAGACUCUGGAGGAGGAAGUGUGAUGGUGGACAGGUCUGAUGUGCUUGUAUGUAGCGGGGCGAUCAAUGAAGAGAAGCAGAAUGUGAUUUUGGAGAUACUUAAGCAGCGAAGAAUGUAUAGGAGUUUGUAUGUGACGUUGCGAAGGGAAUCGAAUGCGAUAUACUAUGAGAAUGUUGGGUCUACGGUGAAUCUUGGAAGUGUUGAGCAAAGGAUUCGAAAUGGAGUUUAUCGAACGUUUGCAGGGCUUAAGCUUGAUCUUGAGAUUGCGAUUGGGAACUCGGUAUAUCUAGGAGAGGCAGUUCAUGGAUACUGUAAGAUUGUUGCCGAGGAGAUUAUGGAUGCAAUGCAUAGUGAGUGA